GACGGAUUGCGUUUAAUCUACCUCAUGGCUACUCUCACUUCAGCUCUCUGUUUAAAUACUAUACCCAUAUGAAUCAAUCAUUUUACAAAAUGGACAGGAGUGAAAUGUCUCAGCCUCCCAUGGAUAUGAAGAAUCCCAUUGACUUCAGACACUCGAGUUUUGGAAAUGAGAAAGAGUUCAAGCCGCACAUUAGACACAUUGCACCUGUUUUGACAGAAUGUGACCUUGACUGGAAAUCCCAAUUGCGCUGCAUACCUGAACCUCGAUACAGUGACGCCCCAUUUCCUCACAUCAAAGACAUAAAGUUUCCCAAUGAAAGGAAACUGAUGAGGUCUUUCCACAAAGCUAAUAUGGAGUCCUGGUCUGAGUGGAGCUUUUAUCCCAAUUUUGGCCUGCCCAAGACCUACCACACUGGAAAGAGAUGCAUUAUAGAUGGAAUUAAUCAUAUGAGAAGCACGAGAUGUAUUUCAGAAAAUUCUCUAGAAUCAUCCAUAGGAAAGAAAAGGCAGGCCACAGACAAAUUAAGCAUCUACACAGCAGCAAGAGCCAGACCGUUUCUAGUUCCCGAGUAUAGCCCUGACUUUCACAAAUAUAGAUCAACGUCACGCACAACCACUUUUGGGUAUUUGGACACAUUUAAACCAUUUUUUCACCCAAAGACCCCUCCAAAAGAGCCCAAGACAACAUAUGCAGAAAAAAAUAAAUCUCAUGAGCGAGAGGAGGACAUUCUUGAAGUCAAGGGGCUUUGCAUGUGGAGGCCUGCACCAGACAUUAAUGACAGGACAGUUGCGCAGGAUGCUUAAUUUGUUGAAACCAUACAUUUGUAUUUUUUGUAUGUUUUGUUGUAGUUUCAUAAAAGUGUUAAAGCAAAUAGAAAACAUUCCUGUUUGAUAUUAAUUAUUCCUUGCAUAAACUAUUACACUACAAUCUGACACUAUUUGGACAGAUAGUAUGUCUGCGCACCAUAACUACAAAUAUAAAUGUUUUGAAGCAGACCUUUAUUUUGCCUUAUUAGUUGGAGGAGUACAUCAAAUUGAUUUUCUGUAUUUCCCUGACAAAGACAAAUGAAGGUCUUUUUUACUCAGCCACAAUAUAAAUCAUAGGUCUACCCAGAGUAAGGUGACUAUUCUUUAAUCAGAGAAACAUAUUCAAAGAAUGUGAAUGGAAAAUAAGAGGUUAAUUAAAAAAUUUCAAUUAUUUUUCACAUGCACACCAUAAGGGCCUCUGAGACCCCAAAUGUAUAGUAAAUGUGAGUUGAUUGUACUGGUUAAUACACAAGGAGCAGAAUCUGUGUCACUCUUCUUAUUA